CCCCGUGCCAUAUUUAUUCAUGCCGGGCAAGAUGGCGGCGAUACGGACGAGAUGUUAUUGCCAGUGGACAUAAAAAACGGCAUUUUAUUCAAAAUUCAGAGCCGAGUCGGACACGUUCGCACACCUGACCGCAUCGUGUGUGCGUUUACCGCGUAACGAGCGUCGACGUCUUUUUUAUUCCACGCGUUUCGAGUGUUUUUUUCUUCCAAGAUGUUCACGUUGUAACUCGCUCGCUAACCGACCAGCUGGCUAACAGAGAGCAGCAACUAGCUAGCUAGCUAUCUAUCACAGCCAAGCCGCCGUGAAGUGUAGAAUGGGAGAAAAGCUGGAGCUCAAGCUCAAAUCGCCGGUCGGAGCAGAACCUGCUGGCUAUCCGUGGCCGUUACCAGUAUACGAUAAACACCAUGAUGCUGCUCAUGAAAUCAUCGAGACCAUUCGGUGGGUGUGUGAGGAAAUCCCAGACCUCAAACUGGCAAUGGAAAACUACGUGCUCAUUGACUAUGACACCAAGAGCUUUGAGAGUAUGCAGAGACUUUGUGACAAGUACAACAGGGCUAUUGACAGCAUUCACCAGCUGUGGAAGGGGACCACCCAGCCCAUGAAGUUAAACAAGCGUCCUUCCAAUGGGCUGCUGAGACACAUCCUACAGCAGGUGUACAACCACUCAGUGACUGACCCGGAGAAGCUGAACAACUAUGAACCCUUCUCCCCUGAGGUCUACGGAGAGACCUCUUUCGACCUGGUGGCUCAGAUCAUUGAUGAGAUGGAAAUGAUGGAAGAGGACACCUUUGUUGACCUCGGAAGUGGAGUGGGGCAGGUGGUGCUGCAGGUUGCAGCAGCAACCAACUGUAAACACUACUAUGGUGUAGAGAAAGCAGACAUUCCAGCUACCUAUGCAGAGACCAUGGAUAAAGAGUUCAAAAAGUGGAUGAAAUGGUAUGGGAAGAAACAUGGGGAGUACACACUGGAGAGAGGUGAUUUUCUGUCUGAGGAAUGGAAAGAAAGGAUCGCCAACACAAGUAUUAUUUUUGUGAAUAACUUUGCCUUUGGUCCAGAGGUAGAUCACCAGCUGAAGGAGCGCUUUGCUAACAUGAAGGAAGGAGGGAAAAUUGUGUCCUCCAAACCUUUUGCACCUUUAAAUUUUAGAAUCAACAGUCGAAACUUGAGUGAUAUUGGCACAAUAAUGCGUGUGGUGGAGCUUUCUCCACUGAGAGGUUCCGUGUCCUGGACUGGAAAGCCGGUUUCCUACUACCUGCAUACCAUAGACCGCACCAUACUUGAAAACUAUUUUGCUAGUCUCAAAAAUCCUAAACUCAGGGAGGAGCAAGAGGCAGCUAGGCGACGUCAGCAGAAAGACACAAAGGACAGUAAAAGCAAUAGCACCACGCCCACCAAACCUAAAGAACAAACCAAGCAGGACUCCUGCGGUGAAGAGGAGCGUCCUAGCUUGGUGACAGUGGUCAAGGCCUCUGCCAAACCCAGGAGAACCCGACUCUUGUCCAAAGGUCGCAAGCUGAACAAUAAGAAACGUGGUCGACCCAAGAAAGCCACCCCAGCUGCUGAGAAGAAAAACAAGAAGAAUCAGAGUGCAUUGGAUUUGCUGCACGCCAAGACCCUUUCUGCAGCACCCCCUCAGGAUGCAUACCGGCCACCUCAGAGUCCCUUCUACCAGCUACCUCCCAAGGUCCAGCACUAUCCCCCCAGUCAACUGCUGCUGAGCCCAACUCCUCCUGGUCUGCAACAACUGCUAGAUAACAUCAAAGUUCAGUACCUCCAGUUUAUGGCCUACAUGAAGACUCCUCAGUACCGCUCUAACCUGCAGCAACUUUUAGAGCAGGAGAAGCAAAAACACAGGGACCUGUCAGGGCAGGCGGAGCAGCUCCAUUCAGUCUGUCAGUCUCACAAGGACAAGAUCAAAGGUCUCUUUCAGACCAAGCUGGAUGAGCUGGGAGUUAAGGCCCUGACAGUGGAAGACCUCCUGCAGGCUCAGAAGGAGAUAUCAGCCCACAAUCGUCAGCUGAAAGAGCAGACUAAGCAGCUUGAGAGAGACAUGGCCUUGCUGAGAGACAACAGUCUGCUACUGCUUAAGUCUCGAUGUGAGGAGCUGAAGCUGGAUUGGGGCUCAUUGUGUCUGGAGAGUUUGUUGAAAGAGAAGCAGGCACUACGCAGACAGAUCUCUGAGAAACAGAGGCACUGCUUGGAGUUGCAGAUCAGCAUCGUGGAGCUGGAGAAAAGUCAAAGGCAGCAGGAGCUGCUUCAGCUCAAAUCCUAUAGCCCUUGUGAGGGCUCCCCAUACAGAAAGAGUCUGGAGUCGCGCUCUUCCACUGACUUGGACUCCUCUAAGCUCGGCCUGUCCUCAGCCCCAGCUCUCAACGGCAUUAGCCCAGAGCUUUCCAUCAACGGCACCAGCUCACCCUGUUUUGACCGGGCCAACACAAAGGGUGAGCUUCUCUCUCGCUACCUGCCCAUCUCUCCUGACCACGAGAUUGUGCCUGCCACCCCCGACAUUCGACAGAGGCAGCAAAGCUCCUCCCAUGCUCUUCCUGACUACACUCGCUUCUCCCCUGCCAAGAUUGCCUUGCGGAGGCACCUUAACCAGGAUCCUAGUGCCUCUGCUCACUUAAGAGGUCCAGGGCUGACCACACACAGGGAACUGGGUGGCGUUAACUCUCCACUCGGAGCCAAGCAGAACUGCCCUUCUCCCAAUGCAUCCGAUGCUCAGAAUAAUCCUAAAAGCUCUGAGAGGGGCGGUAAGGAGAGAAGUCCAUCAGUUCAGGGAGACAACAGCAUCACAAGCCUUCCGAUUAGCAUCCCUUUGAGCACUGUCCAUCCAAGUAAACUACCAGUCAGCAUCCCACUGGCCAGCGUAGUGCUGCCCAGUCGCGCUGAGAGACUGAGAAGUACUCCAAGCCCUGUGUCUCAGGCAGGUCAGACGAAUGGAUAUUCAUCCAGCUCAGGCCUGAUGAAUGGAGGUCCCCACCCAGAGGACCACAAUGGUGCUUCUUUAUCGCCUCCUCCACACACCAACAAUCCUUUAACAGGAUCAAUGGGUCGAGGAGGUCCCAUCCAGAGCCCCCCGCUCAACACCGGAGGGGUGCUCCAGUAUGCCGACGGACCCCCGAGGAUUCUUCCAGAAGACGGACCAGACCGCCAGGGAGGGGAGUCGGACACCGAGCCCCAGGACAGUGAACAGCGGAGGAGGAUCUUCUUCUCUUCUUCCUCCUCUUCGUCCUCGUCUUCCUCUUCGUCAGGCAGCGGAGGCAGCGUGGCCGGAGGAUCGCGCCUCCACCAUCACACCGGCAACUCGGCCAAGCAGGGAUACCACAGUAACCAUGGAAACCACCACCACCAAUCCCCCAGCACGCAGCACACCCACACGCCCACACACACGUCGUCAUCGCACUCCUCGCACGGCCUCGGCUCUCAAGAAGGCCGCAAACGGGGGAGAAGGAAACGUAGCUCUGCAGGGCCCAUCAUGGCCAGCGGAUCCCCAAAGAGGAGGUCGUUCCCCGGGAUCAGCUCCAACAACCACUCCUCAGGAUCGCCACUCAACAUUAACUCCAUGGUGAACAACAUCAACCAGCCUCUGGAGAUCUCUGCCAUCUCCUCGCCGGAACAAUCAAGCCGCAGCCCCAGCGGGCCCGACCUGGACCAGCCUCCCAUCUUGAAAAGAGAGCGCCCCCUGGAGCUGAACGGCACAGGUCGAUACUCCACAGCCCCCAGCUCCGAUGAUGAGGACUCAGGAUAUCCUGCUGACAGCUCCAGUUCUCGAAUUGAAAGAAAAAUAGCCACUAUAUCCCUGGAGAGCAGAGAUGGACCUGGUAGAGAGGGCAGAAAGUCUGCUAGCAGCAGUGGUAACAGUACAGGCAGCGAGGCCUCCUCUUCAUCCUCCAUGUCCGCUACCAGCAAGUGGAAAUCCACUUUUUCGCCCAUUUCUGAUCCCAAGCAGCCCAACUCCGACCUGAGGCAGGGCGGCUCUCCGUUUGGCAUGGGGGGCUCGAGCCGGGGCACAGACUCAGACUCUGACCACAAACAACAGCAGGUGAGGAAAGGGAGUGACGGGGAGUCGUCCAGCUACAUGACCCCCAACCCUUUCCUCAGUCAGGAUGCAGGGACCCGGGGUGGAGGCGGUGCUGCCGGUGGCGCCCAGGGAGGCGGUGGAUCCGACCAGCGCCAGGCCCUCCAGAAGCAGAAGGCCUCUCGGGAUUGGGAGAUGAAGACGAGCAGCAGCCUGGUCAGUCAGAAUCUCUUCAUUUCUGCUGCUGCCAGCAGUGGAGGUGGCAUUCUGAGUGGGAAGGUGGGAGGAAGCCCUGUAGCAGUUUCCUCAACCACAGGCUCAUCUGUGGGACAGUAUCUGGGGCCGCAGUUCCCACUUGGAGGGACUUCAGUCUUACAGUCCUUGUUCGGAGCCCAGACAGGCGGAUCCACGGUGAGUGGGACCCCUCGCCUUGUCAACGGACACUCUGCCCUGGGAAGUUUCUCCAGCGCUGGACUGGCAGGAGGAGCGGCAGGAGGUAUAUUUCACCACGUGGUUCCCUCAGUGUCCUCCCAUCAGUUUGGGGCGGCGCUGCCCACCUCUGGAGGCCUCAGCUCUCUGCUCAGUCUCUCCUCCUCUUCCUCUACCUCCUCCCAAACCCAGCAGCACACCACCCCCCAGCCAGCCUCCACUCGCCUGACCUCCGUGUCCUCACCCCUGCCCCUCUCCCUCUCCCAGGCCCAGCACAGCCGCACCCAAUCGGUGCUUCACAGCCCCUCUCCUCCCACGCUCUCCCUGCCUCCCCCACCUCCCCUGCACAGCGUCCCUUCCUCCUCAGCAUCCACGCACUCCGACCCUCCACCAUCCUCCCGAUCAGACUCCCUUCACUCCUCGCGUCUGUCGCACUCCUCUCUCCACCACCAGAGAGCACAGUCAUCCCUCUCUCUGUCCAUCUCCGCCUCCACCUCUGCCGCUUCUGUCUCUACCGCUGCCGCUGCUUCUGCCUCCCCCUCCUCCUCCCUGUCAACCUCCUCCUCGUCUCGUCCAUUCGCAGUGCACUACUCCCCUCGGCUGCCCCCUCCAUCACCGGCCGGCAGCUCGGGUGGUGGCGGGAGCAUGUGGAGGACUCAGGGCAUGCAUGGUGCCUACACCACCUCCCAGCUCCCCGGCUCCCGACCUAGAUAGGGUUUGGGGUGAUGGGGAAAGAGGGGAGAAUGGAGAGGGUGGAGGGCAAUCAGGGGGUGGAUAGAGGGAGAGAAUGAGGGAGAAAGAGAGACUGGUAGGGAGUGAGAGAGACAGGAUACCUGUUUUCCCUGUGCUUCUGCAAGCUGUUGUUCAGAUUGAACAAGGUAAUUGAUGAAAGCUACCUCAACAUUAAAUAAACUAUGCAAAUGUCCAGGUGUGGACCAAGGCACUCUCCUCAUUCACUGGUGCUUCAAACCGUCUGCACUACCCAACCGCCUCCAAGACCGGCUUCUGUACUGGGAUCUUUACACACACACAUGAACACACACCCUCAAACACACACACACACACACACACACACACACACACACACACACACAAACACACUAACCACCACUAUGGUCACCUUGAGCAGAAUUCAUCAGUGCUGGUCAUGUUUAUGUGUGACAUUAAAAUCUUGCUUCAGAAUUUUUACAAUCUGGCUUUCGUCUGGCACUGAAUGAACUGAAUUAUCAUAUCAUGUCUAACUUUACGGUGCUCUGCAACAUGAUUUUUUUUAUUUUGUUAUGCCAACUAGUGUUCAGCAAAAAUUAUUUCAUAAAAUUUGAUUGUUUAAUUUCUCAUUUGACACGAAAGCGAAGCACACGGUGCACCUUUUUGAGCUGAAUCUCAUCAGGUGUCACGUUUCCUCUGAUGGCUGUGUGUGUGUCCUUUCCUUCUACAUGCAUGCCGCCUUAUCUCUGUUUUCGUCCCUCGGUGAAAUUCGAUAUUUGUUGCAACACGUUUGACCAUGAAACUAAAUGAGGAACUCAGUAUCUAACUUCACACUGGAUUGUAAGGUUUCGUCACUCUUGUAGCAGAAUAUGUCCAUGUCCUGACUGGUUAGUUGACACCCCUGUUUUGUUUGUAAUUUGCUUUAUUUUCAUAUUUAAGAAAUGAAAAAUACAUAAAUCAGAUUUGUUUUUCUUUAGCUUGUUCUGCCUGGUCUUGGCUCACAAUCCAGUGUCUCCUUUCCUUUGCUACUAACAAUUCAGUUUUCAUCUAAAUCUUGAACUGUAGAGUGUUUCAGUGCUCAAAUAUUUAACUCAUCAGUGAAUGUUUUCUUCAAAUGUUAAAACUUUUUGCGUUUUAUGUUGGUGAUCCAACAUAUUUUACAUUCUCUGAAUCAGUUCACCAAAGGAAAAAGAAUACAGGACAUCAUUACAUAGGAAUGUUUUCAUGUCAGCCUAAUUGUGAGAAUAAAGUGAAUUAAUAACAUUUUCAGGGGUGCCAGUUAUCCUGAGCAGAGCUGGGUGCAUCUUUUUUUUUUUUUUUUAAUAUCCCCCGAAUUAAAUUAAUUUAUGAAAUGGUGCUCUGUGUAGACGUUGUUGUUAAAGUUUAACAAAGCAGGUGUAGAAGAACUUUACAGUGAAUCAACAAAAAAAUUCAACUAGAUUCUGUAUUUAUUAACAUUCUCUUCCUCUGUCAGUUUGGUAAAUCACACUACUACCGGGCCCGCAGCCGAAAUACUCUGACAGCAGAAUUUUUAGUCUUCUUAAGCUGAAAUUAUUCAUAUUUGUCUUUGCUGUUGGGAAAUGCAGGUUUAAGCCAAUGUGGACACACACGUGUAUGUGAAAUUUUCCUGCAUUUAGUUGACACAAACACGCACACAUACACAGUCAUGCAUGCAAAUCCUCACACACUGGGAAGAACGUAAUGAACCAUAACCACAACAAACUACUGGACUCUCUUCACACCUUUUUGUUUGCUUUUUAAUUGUGUAAUUUUUUGUAAACAAUGUUUGUACUGUGAAUGUGAUUCAUUCUCUGACUGUAUAGUUGUGGAUAAUUUAGAUUAUUAUAUUUAUGCUGUCAGUCUCUCCAUUUGCCUUGGUAUUUGUUUUUUGUUUUUGCUUUUUUUUUUUUUUAAAUCCUAAAUUGUGUUGAGAUUGUAGAAUGCAAUAGUGUGUGUACUUGACUCACAGUCUGAAAACAAUGGUGCUAAGUUUGGACUGUGCCUGACCUUAUUUAUUCUAUAAUGAAAACAUCGAAAACAAGUCGAAUACUUGGUGCUUUACACAGGGACAUUUGUAAAGCCAUUUUUGGGCUUUUCCUUUUCUCAUAUUUAAUAUGCUAUUGUCUCGUUCUUUCGAUGCCUAGUGUACAACUGUAGACACCACGUUUCGAUGGAAAUGCUCUCCAACAGCUGGCUCAUAGUUUGAGUAAAUAGGUAUGAGGGCCUCAUGUUGAUGUUUCUCAAGCAGCAGUUUUAGACAUACGUCAGCCGGCUCUGCUCUCAGAGUGAGCCGCUCAUCUGUUCGUGAACAAGACACACUGUUUUUGUACAUAAGUUUUAUUGUUUUUCAUUGUACGUCUUCAUCAUAAACAAAAAGGUAUAUAAAAUAUGUAUCUAUAUACAGUCUAUAUAUAUAAAUAUAUAUAAAUAUAUAUGAGUAUAUAUAUAAGUGAGAAGGGGUGUUUUGGUGCUGGCAUUGUGACCCUUAAAUCCAACCUGUUAAACAGGAGGCUAGAAGCCGAGCAGAGCAAAGCAUUGCCACCACAGGACCUUAAUAGACGACGCGGAACACCACAACAGCACCUGAAUCCUUGUGAUAUACACACACCCCAUGUAGAAACUCAGAAGCUGUGUGUUUUUUAACACGCAGAGGUGCUGUGACUCGAACACAACUAGAUUUCAGCACUAGAACUGUUAUCACUUUUACCAGAUGUUUCCACGUCUUUGUUUCUGCUUGUUUCGUUUUUUGUUUUUUUUUAAUUUACCAACCCAGAUCCUGCAAGAAAAAUGGUGCUUCUGUUUCCAAACAACGGCACUUCACAUUUUACAAGUUAGAUCUCCAGUGGUGCAUACUGAACUACGCGUCGUUACACACACUGUCUGUCCUUAGAUGUCUCACUAACGAGGCCGAACCUCGUCACGUGCGCGUAUUGUGUAACUGCAGGAGACAUGCUGAUGUGAAACACUCGUCUUAGUGUGUGUGAGUGCGAGCAGCCAAGCUUCCUUUUUUUCUCUGGUAGUGGGAAUACACUUAAGCUCAGUUUGUGUGCGUGCUUGUAUUUUUUCCACUUGCCGGUGCAUAUCUAAGGGAAGAUUAGACUAAUAAUCAAAGCUUUAUAGUGAAAACUCCUGUCCUGUGCACUCCGUCUGUGAGUGUUCAAGUGGAAAAAAAAAAGAAGAAAAGUCAUUUUAGAGCGUAAUUAGAGACUAGUCCAUUUGUUACCAGCACUGAGAGGUAUUUUGUAAUUACUGUUGAUGCUGUUUUGAUUUCUUAUUCUUGGUGUUUGAUACAAUUUCAGUUCCAUGUUAUGCUUUUGACUGUGUCUUCAGAUUCCUGUCAGUUUUUAAUACUACUAGUCAGACAGACAGCACGGUGCUCUCCUUCACUUUAAACAAGGAAAUUGCAGCUAUUGAUAAAUACUACUCUUCUCCUGUUGUGCUGCAGGGUUUUAUAGUUUCCAAACACAAGCUCGCCUGGUGGCUUUUCUGAUGGUCCAGUUUAACCUUUGGAACUUUCUCUAAUCUGGAGGCACGUUGCGGUGUAUGUGCAAGUACGAGUGCUUUGUGGAAACUCCUUUUCUAUUUGCUUCUGGGAUCAGUCAAAGGGAUUUUGUCAUUAACGGUCCUUUGGUGUACGAGCAUGAUUUGAAUUCAGAGCUUCUAUGCAGUUCUCUCCGGCAUACUGCGUCCUGGUACAAUAUUGGUAGAUAAUCUGUGAGAGCUUUGCAGUCGAGGCUGUUUACUCUAAAUCCUGCCAAAGGUCUUAACUCAGGAACUUCCCAGAUUGCUUGCAAUGAUUUUAACAAUUUUUCUAUCAGCUACUGCAUGUCGCAUUCAUUAACCAUCUUGUGGCAUGAUGAAGUCCCUCUCCUCCAACUCAGGACCAGGAUCACCCCUCAGUAAGCUUAUUUCAAGGUGAAAAAUUUUGUCACGUCUCCUUAGAUUCGCUCCUACUGGCACAUACAUCGGGCCUCUUCAGUGAAGCUUUAUGAGUCGAUCUGAUCUCGAGAAGCUGUGAAAUGGCUACGACUUUCAGCAUCUUCCUCAUCUCACAAAUGCCUCUGUCUAGAUUUGUGUAUCUAAGGAGGUCCGCUGUCCUUUAUAAACACCUCCUUCAUUGUGCGGGGAUGUUAAAGGGGCAGAUGUGACCGACAGUAUGUGUACAGUAGAUCUCUGAUUGGUGAAGCCAGGGCAGGUUUGAGGUGCAAUAAUGGCAAACCUACUUUCCAAAAGGCCCUGGGUUUUUCAUGGAAAACUUGUUACUGUUUGAUGUUGGUGCUUUUAUCCUAAGAUGUUAUAAUGAAACAAAUGGAAUUAAUGUUUUUUUUCUGCGUUUUAUGAUCAUUAAUAAAAAAAAAAUGUUUCCUAUAAUAUUGAA